AUGACACCAAAUCUGAAACGUUUAUGGCGUAUGAAAAAUGCAAACAAGAAACGGGAAGGAAGCAGUGGGAGUGGAGAGCGAUUUACGAAAGGUUGUAGUUUUUGGAUUAUGAUGUCUGGGAUGUGGAGAUGGAGGAAGAUUCGAGAUAUUAUAGCUGCAACAGAAGCAGGAAUGAGAAUUUCCACCCCGUAUGCAUCGAGGCGUGGUUUCGUUAAUUGGCUGCUACAUGCCGGCGCCGGCGGUCCGUACAUUCGUCCGAGGUCGUUGACUGGUCUACAAACAAGGUAUAAAUGGGAUCAUGGCGGUGGUGGUUCUGAUGAUAACGGCAGUAGAACCACGACGAUGACGCGGAGGAUUAAAGCCGAAGCUAACUGCCCUCGUUGUUCUAAGCAAAUGAAUCUGGUUUUUUCCAAUAACACCCACCUAAUUCCGCCGUCUUCAUCCGCCGGAAAUGAAUCAGAAUCACCGCCUGAUCCUGGUUCCGAUUCCAAUCGCAAAGGCGCUUACCAGGCUGUCAACCUUUGUCCCAACUGUAAAACCGCCUACUAUUUCCGGCCGUACAAGAUGGCUCCUUUACAAGGCCGUUUUGUCGAAAUUGGUAGGGUUAAAAACAGUAAUGGGAAUGGAAGGGAUAAGCGACAGGCUAAUGAUGAUGAUGAAUAUGCUAACAAACUUCGGGCUUCGUUUUGGGAGACAUUGAAGGCUUAUGGUGGUGAACCACCGGAGAAUUGGACCAAUCCUCCUCCUCCUCCUCCUCUCUCUGGCAAUGGACUUGCGGUGCAUACUCCCCCUGGACCUCCGUUUGCACCAGGGUUGAAUGUAAUACGUGCAAGGGGUCCUGCCGGUGGUGGUGGUGGUGGAGAGAAGUAUGGGUCUGGUGGCUCAAAUUUGGGGAAGAAUUUGCCUACUCCUAAGGAGAUUUGUGAGGGACUGGAUAAGUUUGUCAUCGGUCAAAAGCGUGCCAAAAAGGUCCUUUCAGUAGCUGUUUAUAACCAUUACAAAAGGAUAUAUCAUGCCUCCUUACAGAAAGGGUCAGGAGCAGAUCCAGGAAGAUCUAAGACCGAAGAUGAUGACGACAAUGUAGAUUUAGAAAAAAGCAAUGUACUUCUAAUGGGCCCAACUGGCUCAGGGAAGACAUUACUUGCAAAGACUCUAGCUCGUUUUGUUAAUGUUCCAUUUGUCAUUGCUGAUGCAACCACCUUGACACAGGCUGGUUAUGUUGGUGAUGACGUGGAAUCUAUAUUGCACAAGCUACUUACGGUUGCCGAAUUCAAUGUUGAAGCUGCACAACAAGGGAUGGUUUACAUUGAUGAAGUUGAUAAGAUAACCAAAAAGGCUGAGAGCUUAAACAUUAGCAGAGAUGUCUCUGGUGAGGGAGUCCAACAAGCUCUACUUAAGAUGCUGGAAGGAACCAUAGUGAACGUGCCUGAAAAGGGGGCGAGGAAGCAUCCUAGAGGUGAUAACAUUCAGAUAGAUACAAAGGACAUCCUUUUCAUUUGUGGUGGCGCAUUUGUUGAUUUGGAGAAAACCAUAUCCGAGAGACGGCAGGACUCUUCAAUAGGUUUUGGAGCACCUGUUCGUGCGAACAUGAGAAACAGUGCACUCACAAAUGCUGCAGUCACAUCAUCUUUACUUGAAUCUGUUGAAAGUAGUGAUCUUAUAGCCUAUGGACUCAUACCCGAGUUCAUAGGACGAUUUCCGAUUUUAGUAAGUUUGUCAGCUCUAACCGAAGAUCAACUUGUUCAGGUCCUUAUGGAACCUAAGAAUGCUCUCGGGAAGCAAUACAAGAAAUUGUUUCAGAUGAACGAUGUUAAACUACAUUUCACAGAAAAGGCACAAAGAUUAAUUGCCCAAAAGGCAAUGGCCAAGAACACGGGUGCAAGAGGGUUAAGAGCCAUACUCGAAACUCUUCUAACCGACUCUAUGUACGAGAUUCCCGAUACCAAGACCGGAAACGAUCGAGUGGAUGCGGUUGUGAUUGAUGAGGAAUCAGUUGGGUCAGUAGAUUCUUGUUUAUCAGGAUGUGGGGGAAAAAUACUCCGUGGUGAUGGUGCGUUGGAAAAUUAUCUUGCAAAAACAAGUUCUAAAGAACAAAUGCAGGAAGCUGAUGGGCAAUUGGUGGAAGGAGAAGAAGAAACCUCAUCAAAAGCCAUGAGCAUGUAACAGUUUAACAAGAAUUAGACCUUUUUCUCAUUUGUUGGGUUUCAUUUGUAAAACCCCGAACAAGAACCGGUGUGGUGUAAUUAUACCUCCGUCUCCUUGUACAACAGAAUAAUAACAUCCGAUUCGGUUUUAAGUUGAUAGAGAGAUAAAAAGAAAUGAGGUGGUAAAAAAAGAGAAAAACAAAGGAAAAAACAUAUGUAAAAUUCUUGCUUUUAUUGUACAUUGUACAAAUAAGCUUUGGAAAUGAUGAGGUGUUGGUCCAUUUUUAGUGUUUUUACAUAUUUUCCAAUUUAUACCUUAUUUGUCAUAUUCUAUUCCCAAGAUUGGGACCUGUAAUUGGGUUGAGACUAAGACUCAAGUCAAUGACAUUGCCUUUUUUUGU